UUCGCACGCAGAUUCUCUCUCUCUCUCUCUCCCCUUUCUCGCGCAUUCUCCCGAUAUCACCGCCAUGGAAGAGCCUAAUAAUCAACCGAUUCCGCCGGUUCCUCCACCAGAUCAUUCACUAUUUCUAAUCAAAAUCCACCGAUCUAUGUUGCUGCUGCUGGAGACUUCAUAAUACUUAGUUUGAUUCCUAAUCAGGCUUCUCUCCAAGUGCUCUCUCGUUGCUAAAAGAUCAUAAGAUGGCUAGAGUUUUUUUUAACACCAAAGGAGAAGAAAGGGUUCAGUGCUCCACUUGUGUCAAUUUUGGAAAGGGUUCUAAUAAGAGUCCUUAUGUUUCUGCGGAAGGAUCUGGAACAAUAAGAUCAAAAGCCUUUAAAGAGCAUUGUUAUUCUGCAUUUCACAUAAACGCAGUCAAUGACAAAGAAAAUGCACACCGGGAGCAAGAAAAAGUACUCUUGGAGAUAGAAGAAUCACUUCAGAGGGGAGUAACAGAAGAGUCCAUGGGUUGUGAUAUCCCGCAGCAGAUUGAGAAUUACACUCAGGGAGGAAAAGGAAAGAAUGUGGUAACUGAAGGAGACAAUGCUGACAGUAAAUCUGAUUUUGGCUAUUUUACUGCUGAAGAAAUUAAAUCAUUGACAACUGCUGCCACAAUGCAAGAUAAUAUGUUAGUGAUAAGUAUUGAUGCAGCUGCUGGAGGAACGCAAGAGGGAGUGCAACAGAAUCAGCCAAUUAUAAAUUUUGACGCUGCUGCUGAGAGAGUGCAAGAAACCCAGUCACUACCAAACUUUGACACGCAAUAUCCUCGAAGGAAAGAAGCGUCUGGUGUCGAUUAUGACAUGCAUACUUCCUUUCACAACACUGAUUUGGAAUAUGGAGUUGCUCACCCUAUUCUUCAGAAUGUUUUGAAGAAUAAUGUUCAUGACACAGAGUUCAUUCAAGUAUUAAAAGGAGUUGUUCGGUCUUUAGAAAAGAUGGCCUCGUCGUGUUUAAAUUUUGCAGAUGUUAUGAAAAGCUUAUUGGAACCUGAAUGUGCACUAACAUUCCGUGUCUCUUGGAUUGACGGCGAGGGAAUAAGGAAUGUCAACCGCGGCUAUUGGGUUUGCUUCAAUCGAUCCCUCGGUCCAUGCAGGGGUGGCCUGCGGUUCCAUCGCAAGAUGAAUCUUAGUGUUGCCAAACUUUUAAGUCUUGAACAGACUUUCCGUAAUGCUUUGUCUGGAUUAACCCUUGGUGGUUGUUUCGCGGGAAGUAAUUUUGACCCUACUGGGAAAACGAAUAGUGAAGUCAAGAGUUUCUGCGAGAGCUUUAUGAACUCUAUACAUUUCUAUCUCGGCGUUGACAAGGAUUUACUGUCAGAGGAUAUGGGCGUUGGUAUUCGAGAGAUGGGCUUUCUCUAUGGACAAUAUAGGCGCAUUAAGGACGGCGUUGGACCUACAAUUCAUUGGUUUGGCUCUGCAUUCAGAAUUGAAGCAAUGGCUUAUGGAUUGGUGUUCUUUGCACAUUUAAUUCUUACUAAAAUGGAAAAAGAUUUAAAAGGAUUAAGAUGUGCGAUUAGCGGAUUUGGGAAGCUAUCGUUGCAAUUGCUUGAAAAACUUAUUGAUAUUGGUGCAGUUCCUGUCACAAUCUCAGAUUCGAAAGGGUAUCUGCUGGAUGAAGAUGGAUUUGAUUUGAAUAAAAUUGCUUUACUUAAGGAACUGAAAGCUGGCAAACUAAGUUUGAGGGAAUAUAUCAAGACUUAUAAGGAUGCAUUUUACGUUACUGAUUCGAAGCCAUGGAACGCCGAAUGUGAUGUGGCAUUUCCUUGUGCAUUGCAUAGUGAGAUUUGUCCUGCAGAUGCACUAGCCCUUGGGAGGGCAGGAUGUACUUUACUUGUCGAAGGAUCUUGUAUGUCAUGCACCCCUGAAGCCAUUGAGGUAUUGAAGAAGCAGCAUGUGCUAGUGGCUCCUUCAGUUGCAGCUGGAGUUGGUGGUAUUGUCAUGGGACAAAUUUUGUUAAGAAAACAAGUGUUGAAGAGUACUUUCAAGGACUAUGAAAGUAAAGUUCAAGAAGCAUUGAAGGUUGUAUAUGAAGGUGCUGAGCGUUCUGCUACUCUCUACGGUUAUAAGAAAGGAGUAAACUCUGAUUGGUUGGUGAAUGGAGCUUUCAUUUCGGCUUAUCAGACAAUUGUGAAGAGUAUGGAAGUCCAAGGAUUGCAGAUCAGAUGUUGGAAGGGCUGUCCUCGAUUUGGUUGGCUCUCGUUAUGCAAAAUAUUCUGUUGCAACCAUCUUUGCUGCCUCAGUGAUGAAUCUUCCAUUUGGACGUAACUUUCCCCACCUAUUUUGCGGAGCUCAGAAAUGGAUCUUUCAUUUUGAAUGGGAGGAUGCGUCAGCUUUCAUUAGGCAACAAUUUCAUUGCUACAAUCGCAUCUUAUGUGGAUUGAGAUAUAUAUUAAGAUUUCAUGAAAAUAACAGCAUACAUGAAGCUAUGUUCCUGCCUAGAGCACUUGAUAAACACUGCGAGAAGCUUCUGAUAAAUGAUGAGCAUCUAGCUGAGCUCAGUUGCAGCCACGUUGAGCAUCUGGCUUAGCUCACUCAAAAGCAGCAUACUGUGGGAUCUCACAAUGAUAAGGAUAAGACGAAGGAUUCCAAUUCCCAGUCUACACUUUCUUGUUGGAAACUGGAGGUAUAUAGGGAGUUUAGCCACGAAGGUGACUUGACUGCCAAGUAAUUAUGCUUUGCAAGGAAGAAGCUGGUGUGGGAGUUUCUCAAUGGGUCACUAUACAGCAUAAUAGAAGUUUCAGGUCUCAUAUUCUGCUUAUUUCAUCUUUAUUAGCUUUGUAAUGAAUUGAAUAUGACUAGUUGAACUGAUACACUGUUGGCUAACACUCCUCUCUUCCGAGAAAUCGCACCUCAAUAGUUGGAACGAUCUGACUAUUGGUCAAGCCCAUCUUUGCAUGUAUGGAAUCAAAUCAACAAUGAGCCAUCGCUUGUGGCUUAUCAAGUCAGAACCCUAUAGUUGUUUCGGAUCAGCAGCUUCACGAACACAGCGAUAUGGAUGUCCCUGUGAUUCCUUCUCCGAGUAGCUACCCACCAAUAUUCCAACCUGGCCCAAGUGAAGCAUGCUGAUGAUUUCGACUGGUCGGUGCUUGAUCUAAUUAUAUAGUAUAAUGCAAAAUUGGCAAGAUCAUUGCAUUGAACCAGUUGAAGGUGGUAAAGAAGCUUCAUCUAUUUCUCCUGCUCCACCAGCGAAGGCCAUGAAGAGUAGUUGUGGUUUGUACAAACAUAACAGGAACUAAAAGUGGUUCUAAGUUUGAAGAUCCUUUGUUUUCUGUUUUUGGUCUUUGUUCUCUCUCUUUUUUGAAAAUAAAUAUUUGAAUAAUUAUUCAUAUUAUAAAUCUUUUGUUAACCGAUA